AUGCCGACCCUCGCGGUCACCAACUUCAAUGUCGUCUGCGCGACGUUAGGCGGCUUUGUCACCAUUUUCGGCCUGGUUUCGCACCUUUUUAAAGAGAAACUAUAUCUCUCAGAUGCCUCUGGAGUCUCUCUCUCCCACAAUGCUGCCAACUUCAUCAAGCCUAUUGAGUAUGCCAACGGUUCCCAGGAGGCCCUGAACGCCAUAACUCUUUACUUUUCCCGCCUGGUACUUGGUGUGCAGCUUGUCAUCGCCGGUGUCCAGCUUCCAAGUCGUUUUUUACUGAAAGAAUGGAAGACCCUCUCACUACUUCUUGGACCUGGCAUGACCGGGAUGUGGCUUUGUACUAGCGUGGUUAUCUGGGGAUUGGUGCCAAAUACGCCUUAUCUCCAUGCUCUUGCUGUGGCGGCUUGUGUUACUCCGACAGACCCCGUCUUGUCCAACUCAAUCGUCAAGGGUAAAUUCGCGGACAAGAACGUCCCAAAACCUCUGCAGCGCGUUAUCAUCGCUGAGUCUGGUGCUAAUGAUGGUCUUGGAUACCCGUUCUUGUUUGUUGCAGUGUAUCUCAUUCAGUAUGCAAGAUCCAGCGGCGCUGAUGAAUCCGGUGGUACCCGAACAGCCAUGGCGUUGUGGCUUGGUGAAACCUGGGGUUAUACCAUUUUUCUCAGUGUUCUCUAUGGCAUCGCGGUUGGCUGGCUGGCCAAGGUGCUUUUGCAUUGGGCCGAAGACAAUAAGUAUAUCGAUAGAGAGAGCUUUCUUGUGUUCGCAGUUGCUUUAGCUUUGUUUAUUGUUGGCACAUGUGGCAUGAUUGGCAGUGAUGAUGUUCUUGCAUGCUUUAUUGCCGGAAACGUUUUCACCAUCGAUGACUGGUUCCGGCUCGAGACGCUGGAUGAUUCCCUACACCCAACAAUUGACAUGUUACUCAAUCUUUCAGUCUUCAUGUGGUUUGGAGCGGUUUGUCCAUGGUCGGAGUUCGUCCAUAACGACGUCAUUCCUUUUUACAGACUUGUUCUUUUGGGUCUUCUCGUCCUCCUUUUCCGGCGUAUCCCUGUGAUUUUCGCCAUGCACAAAUACAUUUCGCAGAUUGAAGACUUCCGACAGGCAGCUUUUGUUGGUUUCUUUGGUCCGAUCGGUGUCAGUGCUAUUUUCUAUCUUUAUAUUGCUUUGGAAUACUUCCAUAAUUAUUUCAGGGUCGAUGGUAAACUCCGUGAAGACGCAAAGCACCUGGCAGAUACAAUGUACGUUGUGGUUUGGUUUAUGGUCAUUUGCAGUAUUGUUAUCCAUGGCCUUUCCAUCCCACUUGGGAAGCUUGGCUUCUAUCUUCCCCACACCCUCUCAAGUACCAUGAAUAAACGUUCGGACAUCGAGCAAGAUGCUGUCUCUAUCCCUUUCCGCGAUACUAUUUUCGCCGCUGCUUCUCGUGUUGUUCCCUCUCUCAGGAAUUCAAACUCUUCCAGAGCUUUGAGUCGGGGUCGCCCUGUACCGCCAAGAUCAAAUCUCUUUCUUACUAGUUCUGCUAUCAUUCCAAAUGGUCGCAGUAGCACUAAAAGCUUGACGGUACAUACAAACCCGGUUACAUCUCCAAUAGGUUCUCCGACUCCCCCAAUGGCUCCACCAGAGCCAUCGUCCUCACCACCACUGUUAGGCGUUUCCCUACCAACCCAUAACUUAGGUGGUUAUCCCGGUGCUGGCCAGAGCGCCAAUUCUGGAAAAUGUAUGCGCGAUACCAACGCAAAUAGCUACGGUGCUAUUAGCAAUCUACCCAGCCGCCCACGCCUUGGUUCUCUAAAUCAUAGCAGUGUGGAUACUAUAAAUUGUGAAGCGAAGUGGCAGGACUAGCAUUCGAUUAUGUUAUGUGAGUGUUCAGUUCUUGCUUGAUCUAACUACGUGUAGGAGUUCCAGUAUGCAAGAUGAAUAUUCUUGGGUAAGAUACGACCAUGUUAGCAUUAGAUUCCAAUUAAGAUUAGAUUGGUUUGAUAG